AUGGACGACGCCGACCCAGAACACACGCUUGCGGCCGUUUUCCCGCUCCCUUUUCGCGUUCUUCUGCUCGUUGGGGUUGGGAUUCUCGGAUGGGCCACCAAUGUACACGGACUAGAUUUGCUCAAGGUCGAUAUCGUAGGGACCAUGGAACUUCGAACGCACGACACCUCGCAGCCAAUAUCUCUUCCAUUACGCGCGAAUGGGCACCAACAUCCACCUAGAGCCCGUUUCAUCUACUCUUCCACGUACAAACUCUUCGGCAUAUAUUGCGCAUGGGGACUGGCCUCCUGGCUACUUUACUGCUCGGCGACAUGGAACGACCCAUCAUUAGUGGAUGCGUUUGGGUACAUUCCAGCUAUCUCUGCACUUUGUAUUAUUCUGGUCUUGAUUUCUCCGUUCGAAAUAUGUCAAAAGUUUGAACGCGACAAAUUCCUUCACGCGUUGCGAAGGUGCCUGUUCCCUCAUAUGGACGGACGGAUUUACUUUGCCGACGUCGUAUUCGCCGAUAUAUGCACAUCCUUUGCAAAGGUGUUGGGCGACGUAUGGUUGUCAUUGUGCAUGCUAUCUCCGGGGAAUAGCCUUCUCAUUCCGCCUACUCUCUCUGGGCUGAGUCGCUGGGUGCUCCCUAUCAUUAUGAGCCUUCCCUACGCAAUACGAUUUCGGCAGUGCGUUGUCGAAUACUCUGCGGCCUCAAACGAAUCUACUCGGCCGUUGUACAAUGCUCUGAAAUAUGCCACAGCCUUCCCCCUUAUUUUCCUUUCUGCAGCCCAACGAGUCGUCGUUAUUGACGGUCAAAUACCAGUCGGCUCGGUGAAUCAUUCAGGAACAUCCCUCUUUCGAUGGUGGCUGUUUGCUGCCGCGGUGAACUCCCUAUACUCUUUUUGGUGGGAUGUCACCAACGACUGGGGUCUUGAUUUGCUGAAGAGGAGUGGCCAAGGCGAAAGAGACAAGCCAUCUCCACCCAAGAAACUCAUGCUCCCCCUUCUGAACCGAUCUCACAUUCCCACAUCGUCAUCGGAUGGGGACACGACCCUGCUUAGCCCUUCGUUGGGCUCUAGCAGAGUGCACAUGUCGUACCCAUGGGGCCUGCGCCCAGUGCUGCUUUAUCCAUUGCCUACGUACCCAUUGGUCGUGUUCCUAAACCUGAUUCUCAGACUCACUUGGUCCAUCAAAUUGUCGAGCCAUCUUCAUUCCCAGACUGAUGGGAGUGCCAGUAUCUUCUGGCUUGAAGUUGCUGAGAUAAUCCGUCGGUGGAUGUGGGUCUUCAUACGAGUUGAAUGGGAAGUCGUAAAAUCGAUGCAUAAAGGAAGUAAACCACACAUACAGGAGUACGAGAUGAUCAUGACGCCUGAAAAUGAGCUCACAAACAUGGUCACUAUGUAG